AUGAUGACUUUGACCAGUUGGAUAAGCCUGGUGCAGAGCGGUCCUGGAGGAGAAGGGCGGCAGAUGAGGACUGGGACAGUGAGCUUGAAGAUGACUUACUUGGGGAAGAUUUCCUGUCUGGCAAAAAGAAUCAGUCGGAUUUGUCAGAUGAAGAGCUGAAUGAUGAUCUUUUACAGAGCGAUAAUGAAGAUGAGGAAAAUCUCAGCUCUCAGGGUGUCACAGUUAGUCUGAACACCACCUCUGGCAUAGUCACGUCGUUUGAGCUGUCUGACAAUACUAAUGACCAAUCUGGAGAACAGGAGGAGUCUGAGUAUGAACAAGGAGAGGACGAGCUAGCCUACCACAAGCCUGACGGACAGGAAUUGUACACUCAGGAAUAUCCAGAGGAAGGACAGUACGAAGGCCAUGAAGCAGAGUUGACAGAAGACCAAAUAGAGUAUGGGGAGGAGCCGGAGGAGGAGCAGCUGUACAGUGAUGAAGUGCUGGACAUCGAGAUCAACGAGCCUCUAGAUGAGUUCACAGAUGAAGAGUACUUGCAGGCUUAUGGUGGGCAGCAAGGGCUGCAGGGGCAGGAAGACUGUGUGGCUGAAGACGACUUAGAUGGGAUCACUGACUCCCAGGUUGCUCCCGACACCCAUGAGGGAGGAAUGGAGACACUGGAGCUCCAGAAGGACAUGAAGGAAGAGUCGGACGAGGAAGACGAUGACGACGAAGAGUCUGGAAGACUACGGUUCAAAACAGAAAGGAAAGAAGGAACAAUUAUUAGACUCUCUGAUGUAACUAGAGAGAGAAGGAACAUUCCAGAAACUUUGGAGCUUUCAGCAGAAGCCAAAGCUGCACUGCUCGAAUUUGAAGAAAGAGAGCGACUGCAUAAGCAGGGACGCUACGGCUCCCGGCGGGGCGCGAGGCGAGGAGGCUCUCUAAUGUGUCGUGGAAUAGGAGACCAGAGGAGAGAGAACAGCGAGAGGGGAAGGAUGAAGGAGCACAGGCCUGCCCUGCUUCCUACCCAGCCUCCUGUCAUGGCUCACUCUCCAAGAUUAAUCCCUCCGCCGCAGCCACAGCCUCCUCCGCCACCGCCACCACCUCAGCAGCAGCCCAUCAGAAGCCUGUUCCAGCAGCAGCAGCUGCAGCCUCUGCUCCCCCUGCAGCACCCACAUCAUCCCUCCCCACCCCAGGGAGUGCACAUGCCUCCCCAGAUGGAGACCCCAAGGAUGAUGCUGACUCCUCCUCCCGUGACUCCUCAGCAACCCAAGAACAUCCACAUCAACCCACACUUCAAGGGGACGGUGGUGACCCCUGUUCAAGUGCCCUUGCUACCAGUUCCGAGCCAGCCGAGGCCUGCCGUGGGACCCCAGAGAUUCCCAGGUCCUCCAGAAUUUCCACAGCAUACACCCGGACCUGUUCCUAACAGUUUUAGCCAGCCGCCACGACUUCCUCUCCAGGACCAGUGGAGAGCCCCUCCCCCACCUCAGGAUCGAGACCCUUUCUUCUUGGGAGUUUCAGGUGAACCAAGGUUCCCUAGUCAUCUUUUCUUGGAACAGCGAAGUCCCCCUCCACCACCACCACCCCCCACACUUCUGAACAGCAGCCAUCCUGUUCCUGCUCAGAGCCCCUUACCGUUCACUCAGCCUGGACCAGCAUUUAAUCAGCAGGGACAGCAGCCAGUGUUUCCGAGAGAGAGGCCUGUAAGACCAGCCCUGCAGCCCCCAGGUCCAGUGGGGAUCCUGCACUUCAGCCAGCCAGGGUCAGCAACAGCCCGGCCUUUCAUUCCUCCUAGACAGCCGUUCCUGCCCAGCCCUGGACAGCCGUUCCUGCCCACACAUGCACAGCCCAACCUGCAGGGGCCCUUGCAUCCUCCUUUGCCACCACCUCAUCAGCCACAGCCACAGCCUCAGCAGCCUCAGCAGCAGCCCCAGCAUCACCAGCAUCAGCCGCCCCUCCAGCCGCCUCUCCAGCCUCCACACCAGCCUCCCCCCCAGCAUCAGCCUCCCCCUCAGCACCAGCCACAGCAGCAUCAGCAUCACCACCACCUAUCUGCUCCUCCUCCUCCUCUGAUGCCCAUGUCUCAGCCACAGUUCAGGCCACACGUACAGACUGCUCAGCCUCAGCCCAGCAGCAGCCGGAUGCAGUGCACUUCACGCCAGGGGCUGCGGCAUAAUGCAGCAUCUCAGAACAUAACCAAACGACCCAUGCAGCAGAUGCAGCCCACUGCUCCCAGAAACAGUAAUUUACGUGAACUCCCCAUAGCACCUUCGCAUGUCAUGGAGAUGAAAAGCAGUCGUUGCUCCUCUACGCCUGCCGCUCAGGUGAAGCCAGUUGUCAGCACCUCCCCACCCUGCAGGGCUGUGGUGGCUUCCAGGAGCCCACAGGGGAAGACGGAUGCAAAAGUCACACCACCCAGCCCUGGGGCUCAACCUAAGGAAGAAGCAAAAGUCGAACCAGAGUUUCCUGACGAAGAUGAAGAAACAAGGUUAUAUCGCUUAAAGAUCGAGGAGCAGAAGCGCCUGAGAGAGGAGAUCCUGAAGCAGAAGGAGCUGCGGCGGCAGCAGCAGGCCGGGGCCAGGAAGAAGGAACUGCUAGAAAGACUUGCGCAGCAGCAGCAGCAGCAGCAGCAGCAGCAACAGCAACAGCAACAGCAACAGCAACAGCUGCUCUAUGGCCCACAGGCCUCCUUGGAGCAAGAGGACCUGGCAGCUACACCGUCCCCCACCAACGGAAGCCCACUAUUGCCCUUUCCAGGGGUCCAGUGCAGGCAGAAUGUGAAAACCAGACUUCUUGUUAAAAACCAGGAUGUCACCGUUGUGAAUGUUCAGCCCAAAACAUUAAACUUUGUCCCAUCUGGUGCUAACAUGCAGUAUCAAGGGCAGCACAUGAAACCACUGAAGCAUUUGAGACAGGCCAGAACUGUACCUCAGAGUCAGUCUCCGCUGCCACACAAAGUCCUCCAAGUCAAACCUGUGGAUGUGGAGGAGGCCCCUGACUCCCCACAGGCGGCCAGAGCACCAUCCCUCCAGGGCCGGCCUCAGGACACCAAGCCUGGUGUGAAGAGGACUGUCAUGCACCGGGUCAACAGUGGAGGUGGCGGAGAUGGGCCACAUGUCGGCUCCAAGGUCAGGGUGAUUAAGUUGUCAGGAGGGCAGGGAGGAGAGAGCGAUGGCUUUUUUCACACCGAGGGCCAGCCCCAGCGGCUUCCCCAGCCUCCGGAAAUGAGACAGCAGCCUGCCCGCAAGGUGACGCUGACCAAGGGGAGCCCUCAGCAGCCCCAGCACCUGCCUGUGGGGCCCCACCUGUACCCACCUAUUCCUCCAGGGAUCAAAAGCAUCCAAGGCAUCCACCCAGCCAAGAAGGCCAUCAUGCACGGACGAGGCCGAGGAGUGGCAGGUCCCAUGGGCCGCGGGCGCCUGAUGCCAAAUAAGCAGAAUCUGCGGGUGGUGGAGUGCAAGCCGCAGCCCUGUGUUGUGUCCGUGGAGGGGCUGUCCUCGUCCACCACUGACGUCCAGCUGAAGAGCCUGCUGAUGUCCGUGGGGCCCAUCCAGAGUUUACAGAUGCUUCCCCAGCAGCGGAAAGCCAUAGCAAAGUUCAAGGAGCCAGCCCACGCACUAGCGUUUCAGCAGAAAUUCCACAGGCACAUGAUUGAUCUGUCACAUAUAAACGUGGCCCUGAUUGUGGAGUGAUUUCUUAUGGCCGAGUCUGACCUCAUACUGCACACACUGUGGAAUUUCUUCGAGGAAGCUGCUGGCCAGCACAAGCGCAGGAUCCCCAGGGGCACAGGUCUCUGCCAACUUGUCUGCACGCCAGCCAGCCCAAGGGUGAUUCCGGAAGAGUUAAACUGGUGGACUUUGGGAGUGGAGUCUGGUGUUAGAGUGCUCUGACUUCUGUUGUCCACAAGAACUCUGGUCCCUGUCUUUUGUUUCCAAGUGCUCACGAUGCAUGUAGAUCUUAUUCCUCGUGGUCCUGCUGUGUACUGGUCACAGUGACUUAGAGUCAGGAAGGACAGUACCACCUCAGACUCUAGUAUUCCCACAGCAAAGAAUCUGAUAAUGGUUGCACUUAUCUUCAGUUCAGGUUAGAAGAGCUCUCAACCAGGCUUAACUGGGGUGGUCUCCCCAGAGGGCCCUCCCAGGCUCUGCUGAAAACAUAGGUUAAAAAUUCAGGUGAUUAUGAUUGACACAUAACUGCCGUGGAGAGCCAGGAUGUGAGGUGGGCGGUGGGGUGGUGCCAUGGAAGUGGCAAUUGUGCUCCUUGUAACUGCCUGCAGGUACCACCUGCUCAUACUCUCAGACAGGCACAGCGCUGGCCCAGCACAGGGAACCCCGCAGCCCAGAGCCAAGUGGCUCUGCCAUGCUCGCAGAGGCUUUGGCCUAUUUCCUCACAUAGGCACAGCUAGAAGGUGGCCAGGCCUGCUUAGGCCCCUGCUUUUAAAUGCAGCCCGGGUGGCAGGUGUGUGUCCCUGGCUCUGGGGCACGUGCUGUCAUUGCUUUGAUUACGUCACUAUCCUUCAGGGGUCUGAGUCCCCUUUGGCUUGGCAUUCUCUUCGCACAUGGUGUGAGGGAUGGUUAGCUCAUAGGAUGAUGCUGCCCAAGAUAAAGUCUGUCUGUCCACCAUUAGUCACUGGGAGAUUCUGUCAGGUGAGACUCGUUUUCCACAAAGCAUCCAUUGCAGAGUCCACACUGGGCAAACACUGAACGAGGAGUGCCUUCUCGUGUCCCCCAUGAGCACUUCAGUGUUCGGGACAUGCUCUACAGUGGGCACGUGGCACCGGGCACACUCAGGACCUUUUGGUUGUCUUUUAAACCUGUGAUUUCAUGUCACAUUUCUUAGUAGGACGAGGGAGAGAGAUGUCUACUAUCACUUACUGUCACUAUUUAGCCCAGCAAGGACCAGGCUCAGGACUUGAAGCAGCUGGUUUCCACCACUGAAAUUUCACAUUACAUUUUCAGUUAAGUUGCCAAUAUUAUUAAGACCUGGAGAAACGUAGUCCAGGACUGUGAGAUGGCGUAGCAUUGAUGCUGAGGUGACGUCAUGUGCCCACAAGGAGCGCCAGGGAAUAUGGGUGGUGGUUUGGAUUCUAGGAGUCUGUGGCAAUCGUAGGAUGUUUUAGAAGACCCUCUAGCUGAGGAGUCACCUCUGACCCCAAAGCCUCUGCCUCCAACCCGGCAGAAGCACUCAGGGCCAAUUUUGUUGGGCUUGUGGCAAGCCUGGCACCAGCCCAUCUGUGUGCCAUCAGCUGGUCAGCCCACGGUCACUGCCUACUCCUGUUCACUUAGUCAUAGGGGCUGUUGGGAUGGCUGGCUGAAUCAAGUUUGGUGAUGUGUAAACACUAGGUGAAAGAGAUACCACUUAGAACCACUGGGGCAUGGGAGAGCUCACUGUAUCUUUAAAGAGUAGGGCCAGUAAACCGAGUUGGACAGAUUUGUGCCACUUUCUCAUAGUCUUGAGUGGUGGGCUUUUAAAACCCAAAGCUGAAUUUUAUCUCUGGAAAGUAGGCACCGAAGCGGUGAUGUCAGUUAAGGAGAGCAAGCCCUCAUUGGGCACCGUUGUUCACAGGCUUCGGGGCUGCUCAGGGGUCUGCAUUUGGCCCUGUCCAAGUGGGAUGCACUGUCCAGGAACAAGUGUGUGCCCGUAACUGUCUGCACACAUUGCUGUGUCCUGAGAGACCAGCCCCAAGUAGGCUGGGCCUCACGUAAAGCACUACUCAGAGCAGCUGGCGGUCUGGCCUCUCAGCACACACGCCAGCGAGUGGACUCUGGGGACCAGGCAGGCCAGUGCUGAGGGCUCAGCUUCUGGGGAGCAGGCCACAGGAAGGGAGGAAGAAGCAGUGUUAGACGGCAGGGUUGGUUUCCAGUGCACUUGUCACCGUGAGGUCAGAGCAGCAUCUGAGUGCUGGGAAGAUCUGCUGCAACCAUUAUCUCUGUUCUUUCCCACCAUGCCUAUGAAGAAAUGCAGGAGCACUAGCGUGUUGUGUAAAUACGGACCUUCUACAAGUAAGCUUUCAACUCAAACAGCAGCGUCUUAGCUAUUUGUUAGUUCUUUUGUGUUGUCUUACAAAGUUUAAUGGAGACACUUUCUAAUUGUUGACGUGUUUGCGUGUACAUUUGAUUUUUAUAAAGAUGUAGUAAGUCAAUACGUUUAUCCUCAUCUGUGUAUUAUUUGUUCACAAGUUCAGCUUGAAGCAGUGAAUCUCACUCUCUCUCAUGAGGUGGAUCAGUAGGUGAGGGUGUGGAGAGGUCACUUUCCUUCCUUUGGAGUUGUUUAUUUUGUACUGUAAUUAGAUGUCCGUUUGCUUAGCUGCUUACCUGAACAUACGCUUAUGUUACCUUGGUGAACCCAAGUUUGUUAAACCCUUUAGUCGACACUCUCCUCAAGGGUGAAUCUUAACGUUUCUUUUCCAAAGAGAUUCCAAGGUCCAUUUGUCCUGUAUAGGCGGCUUCCUACCCAGGUUCUGCACCCAUGCCCUGCUGUGGAAGAGUGACUGGGUGGGAGUGGGAGGUGGCUUGCUAUAACCAUUUUCCAUCUGGGUAGUUGCUAUGUGAUGUGAGAAGGUCCUGGAUGAUUGUCUGAACUCACCACAUUUCUUGAGUUGGGGUGGAGCUUAGGUCCUGCAUCCAGGAACAACCCCCGCCCCCAGCAGCAGUCUCCCUGAUGAAGGCUUGCUGUUCAAGGAGGCUGGCAGGGCAGGGGAGGGACGAGUGGACAGUGGUCUGAUGGGCAAGGAGACUGGUAGGAUGGGAAGGAUGAGUGUGGGGGUAUCCGUGACAAACACCUGGACUGGGUUUCCAGGGUCAGCCAUCUUUUAGGUCUAGAGUGCCCUGUCCUACCGUGGGCAGGAGGGUGCCUGCCACAUGGGGCCGUGGCUGGCUCUUCACUGGGAUGGGUGGCAUAGGCUAGGUGGAAGGACUAGGCUUAAGGAACUUCCCUUUCUUCCCCCUUUUCUUUUGGUUUUGGUUUCGCCUUUUAUUUCUCUGUGGCUUUAUUGGGAAGGUGUAAGCUCAGUGCACUCUUAGACUGCGUUAGUCUGACGCUAGUUGGAGGCAGGUCUUAGUGACUUACUUGCACAAGUCCAGAGAUGUCUGUGGUCGCUGAGUAUCGCUCUUGGCCAUCCUUGGGUUCUCCGAGGCUGUUGUUCCCUUUGUCUUCUGGUCCAAGACAGAAUGCAUAGCAGGCAGGAAGCGUGCCCUGUGCGGAGCUGUGGGGCUCUGGUGCUCGGGCGUGACUGGUAAUCGGCGUGUUUCCACUUUCCCGACUUGUCUGGCUCUGCUCUGGCUUCACGUACUUUCUCCUAGGCCCCAACUUCGUGUGUUAGAGAGGGAGAAGAGGCUGGGAGAGCUAGCGAGGAAGGUGCUGUUGGCUGUGAAUGGAAGUAUACAGUGAGGUACUCCACGGAAGAGUUAACUAACGGGGGCCCAGGAUGGAAGGGAGCAAGACCCCCUCGCCCCAGAAGCUAUGAGAAGUUCAGCUCAAUUGUGGGAAAACCUUAGACACUUUACUGUAUUUAAUAAGCAUUUUAGUUGCGUUUCAGCGAAUUAAAAAUUUGUGACUGAAGCAUUAUCUUGACAUUCUUAUAUAUGAACUUCCAAAGGCAUUAAGCCUUAUUUAUUAUUAAAUCCUAAGGAUUUUCUGUAAGGUUUUUUUGCAACCUGUUUAGUUUUUGUCAUUUAAAAUGCCUAACUUUUUAGGUGCACAAGCCCGUGGCUUUGUGUACCAGAACCAGAGCAAUCCACUGAUUCAUAUUGGAUCCCAGGUACGUCUCCUGCUGCUGGUACAUGUCAGGGAGGCACUUGUUACACACCUCACCUGCCUUUUCUGGAUAUUGCUGAACGGCUAACUCUGUCGUGUCUUGGUAGGAAAUCUUUUCAGCAGGAUGGGCCGAAAGCACAGGUGCUUGCGCUGAGAAGACGCCCUUCUAACCAGCUACGCUAGGAGGAGGCUGUGUGGUGCCCUUGGUGUCCUCUACUGAUUUUAAAAAGAUUGUGGAAAACUGCAGGUCCUCUAGAGAAGCCCUCUGUAGUCUUUAUUGAGCAUUUCUCACAGAUGGAACAGGCAGACAGGCGUGCUCCCGCGCUGUGUCUGACGGUUUAAUACAUUCCAGGCAGUAGGCCUCUUGACUUUUUUAACACAAUUUUCUGCUUAACUACUUUUUAUUUUAAGGGUACCUGCAGUGGAAGCUGACUUUUAGGACUAACACUUUUUGCGUUCUGCAAUGUCGUCUUAGCGCACACAUUCUGGCCGGCAUGCUGCACCCAGCCCACACUGAGGCUGGCAGCUGAGGAGCAGCCGGAUGACCGAGGUUCUCACCAUGAGCUUUGCUUUUGCAGGUGUGGGAUCCAGAGCUGCGUCCCGACGGCUUUCCCUCCCAGGUUCGAUCUGCUGCUUCAUUUCAGGUGCCGCUGCGGCAGAGCCGGCUUCCUUCUGUUUUCAAGGCGUCCCUCCUUCUCACACGUCUGUCCCUCCUGCUGUGGGGUCUACGCUCCUGUCCAGGCCAGGGCUCUGGCGCCCUCCUCACGUUCUGUUUCUCUUCCCGCCCGUGGUCACAUCCAGGUGCUGUCCUCCCUGCCCCACUUCCCCUGUCGUCCCGCUCUCUUCCUCCGAGGCUGCGGCUUCCGUGGUUCCCACACCUCCCUUCACCGGCAGGAUCCCCUUUGGUGAGAGGGGAGCCUUGUGAAUGUCUGCACGGUGGCCACAGUUCCAGUUUCUUUAAACCUUUUGCCUCGACAGGUGUCUGCUCGGGAUUUUCCUCCAGCAGACUCGGGUUGGAGACGUAACUCUUGCUUGUUAUUUUGCAGUUUGACUCUGGGCGUGUGUGGUGACCUACUGAUUCCGUCGUCCUUCAGUGUGUGGUCGGCAUGUCAUUAACCAGCCCUCUUUGUUUUUGCCCUCUGCCUUUGCAGGACCGGGGCGUGGGUCAGUGUUAGUGCUAGCACUCUGGUUCUGCUUGGAAGUGGUGGCCGUGUGGCCGUUGUACCGCCCUUGCUGAUGUGGUCCUCGUCGUUAAUGUGUGUGUACCUCCCCGCUGUGGCGGUGCAGCCUGGAGGGCAGUGCUGUGUGGCUGUGCCUGCGCCGACCACUUAGAAACCAGGAGACGCCGCCGUGCUUUCCUCUGGCUCGCUGUCCGCUGCCAGUCACACCCCACUUCCCCGUGUGAGUGAUGCCCGUGCUUUACCCUGUUUCCACUUUGCGUUAACCACACGGGAACUCUUUCAGGAUAUGUGUGUGAAGAAUAGUACUGACGUAGGUGCAAAGAAAAUGUAUUGUUGUGUAUAUCAUUUGUGUGGUUUCAUCCCAAAGACAUGUUUGAACUGUAUUGUAACUUGAAAGUGUGUCAAUAAAAUCCUGCAGCUUUU